AUGGCAGACGAAAAGGGCAAUCGAACCGGCGCCGACUCCGACUCCGACCGGGUCGAGGCUCUGAACAGGUUUCGCUCUGCAGCGAGCAUCAGCAUGACGCCAGAGUUGUUUGAGAAGCUCUACCUGUCGCCACAGAGCAAGGUCAAGGGCCAGCUGAGAGACACCUUUGGAAAUCCGACGCCAAUUGCUCUUGUUGGCUUUCUCAUGGCCCUCACACCAUUAUCAUGUAGUCUCAUGGGCUGGCGAGGAGCAAGCGGCGGCGGCGCAGCAACAAUCCCUGUAUACUUCUUCCAAGCCGGAAUCCUCAUGACGCUCGGCGGUCUCCUCGAAUGGAUCCUCGGCAACAGCUUCCCGGCCGUCGUCUUUACCUCGUUUGGCACGUUUUGGCUGUCUUACGGAGGUGUUUUGAAUCCGUCGUUUGCCGCGUUUUCUUCGUACGCGAAACCGGGCGAGGAUGCUACCGAGGGGCUUCAGACCACUGGCUUCAAUGCCAGUCUAGGCUUCUGGUUUCUCUUCAUGGGACUGCUUAGUCUUGUGUUCCUUAUUUGUUCGCUGCGUACCAACGUCGCCUUCUUCAUCAUCUUCCUGACGCUGGUCAUCGCUUUUGGCCUACUGACGGGGGCGUAUUGGUCAAUGGCGGAAGAUUUCGUGGGAAAUGCUCACUAUGCAAACAAGUUACUUAUUGGCGCUGGUGCUUCGACUUUUGUAACGUGUCUGGCCGGAUGGUACAUUCUGCUAGCCAUUGCGCUUGCCAUCGUGGACUUUCCUAUUCAGAUCCCAGUUGGAGAUUUGAGUAAUGUCAUCAAGGGUAAAUCUAUCAGGGAGCGAUGA